AUGUGUGUUGAUAAACAGGAAAUUGCUGCUACUGUGGAUACUGCUAUUGUUAAUAUCCCUGAACUUGUUGAUGAAGAUCAUGCUAGUAGUGAUGAUUCAAACCUUGAGGAUGACAACAACAUGAUAAUUGGAAAUUUUGUGAGCAACAAGUCUAAAAGGAAGUAUAUGUCUAGUGAUUGGAAUGACAAUAUAUAUAAGAUUGGUCAAGUUUUCAUUGGUGGUGCCGUCGAAUUUCGGGAUAAGUUGUGCAAGUUUGCAGUUGAGAAGGGGUUUGAGUUUAACUAUGUUAAGAAUGACAAGUGCCGUGUUAGUGCUACUUGUGCCAAGAAAGAUUCCGAUGGGUGUGAAUGGUAUGUUUAUGCUUCCUUAAACAAGGCUAGUGGUUAUUUCCAUAUAAUAAAGUUGGUGAAUAAUCAUUCUUGUGUUGGUGUUGUCCGGCAUCAAAAUCAUAAGAGGUUAGGAUCCAAAGUUAUUUCCACUAUUAUGGCUGAUAAAGUCAGAUCCGAUCCUUUAAUUAAGCCCAAGGAUAUUGUCAAGCAUUUCAAGCAUGAUUAUGGGUUUGAUAUUCCUUAUCACAUGGCAUAUAGGGGCAAAGAGGCUGCUAAUAAGAUGUUACAUGGUAGUGAAGCAUUUGGGUAUUCUCUAUUGCCUUGGUAUAUUGACACAUUAAAGAGAACUAACCCCGGUUCAUAUUGCAUUCUUGACUCUCUUGAUAAUCGUUUUCGUCGAUUGUUUAUAUCUUAUGGGGCUUGCAUAAACGGCUUCAAAUAUUGUCGACCUAUGUUGUUCCUUGAUGGGACUUUUAUUAAAAACAAGUAUAAGGGGAUGCUAUUGGGUGCUUGUGCUAAAACAGGGAACAAAGAUGUUUUCCCAUUUGCCUUUGCCAUUGUUGAUGCUGAAAGUAAAGAGAAUUGGAGGUGGUUCCUUGAACAUUUGGCAAUAAUCUUGGCGAGCGACUACCGGACUAUUGUAUUCAUGACAGACCGUGGAGCUGGUCUUUUGGAUGGUGUGAAAGAGGUGUUUCCAAAUGCGCCUCACUCCUACUGUAUCAAGCAUCUAAAGGACAAUUUGAAUGGCAGGUAUCCAAGUUCCUAUGGUUCUACUUUUAAGGAACACAUUGUGAGAUUGUUUACACAAGCUGCAUAUGCUAGGACUUUAGAUAUCUUCAAUGAAAAGUUGGAAGAAUUUAGGAAGCAAAGUCGUGGGCAGGGUCAGUCCUUUCUUGCUAACUUGCCACCCGAAAACUAUGCUAUUGCUUGCUUCCCUGCUAAAAGAUAUGGCGAAAUGAGUAAUUCUUUGGCAGAGAGCUUCAACAACAUGGUCAAGGAUGAGAGAUGCAUGCCGCUGCCUCAGUUGCUUGAAGGCAUUCGUGUGAGAGUUAUGGAGAUUUUUGUGAAAGGAAGGUUCAAUCUUCUACUUGGAGGAGUGUGCUAUGUCCUAAGCUUGAGAAAAAAGGAUAGCAAUGUCAUGGUGAACUUGGUUGAGAGGGAGUGUUCUUGUGCUUGGUGGCAGUUUAGGUGCUUCCCAUGUUCUCAUGCAGUUCAAGUAAUGCAGAAGGCGAACCGUAUCCCUUACCGUUACAUUGAAGAUUACUGGAAGACCUCAUUCUAUAGAAGUGCUCAUGAUCUUCCUAUUUUUCCAGUCCCGGAUCUUGAUAAGCCCAAUCCUAGUAGUUUUGGUGAUUCAGCUUUGCAGCCUCCCAAGACUCGAAAACCUCCCGGAAGACCACGGACAAGGAGGAUCAAGUCGUUUGGGGAAGAGUCCAGACCAGUGAAAUGCACACGGUGUGAUCAACUUGGCCACCACAAUCGCAGGUCAUGCAAUGUGGCGAUCUGA